UGUGAAGGCGCCCACCCGCUUUCAGGUCAACAAAUCUUUCACUCAGUCCAUCCGGCAAGACCUCCGGCUGGCGGAUGGUAGGUUUGAGACUUCACGAGUGAGCAGGAUUGCCCUCGAGGCCGAAGCAGACGUCAGAUCACGUGUCGUAAAUGGUAAGCGACUUUCAGAGACAUUUCCGAGAUUGAACGACGAGUUCAUCUUCUCUAUUCAAACAGUCACCUUCAACCACCGAGCGAUAGGAUGGCUUCGAUACCGCCCCCGCCUCCGCCAGGAUGGGGUGCUGGAGCGCCGCCUCCGCCGCCUGGCAUGGCUCCUCCGCCUCCAGGUUAUCGUCCUCCCGUCGACCCGCGAGUCGCAAAGUUUGCACAGAAAAAGAAGGAGUGGCUCCGCACGCAGCGCAAUCGGUAUGGCGAAAAGAGGAAGGGCGGAUUUGUGGAAACCCAAAAGGCCGAUAUGCCCCCGGAGCAUCUGAGGAAGAUUGUCAAGGACAUUGGAGACGUCAGCCAAAAGAAGUUCAGCAGCGACAAACGGAGUUAUCUGGGCGCGUUGAAGUACAUGCCACACGCCGUGUUCAAGCUGUUGGAAAACAUGCCCAUGCCCUGGGAGAGUGCACGGGAAGUCAAGGUGUUGUACCACGUCAACGGGUGCCUGACACUCGUAAAUGAAACCCCGCGAGUCAUUGAACCAGUCUUUCACGCGCAGUGGGCAACCAUGUGGGUUUCAAUGAGACGAGAGAAGAGCGACAGAAGACAUUUCAAGCGGAUGCGCUUCCCUCCUUUCGACGACGAAGAACCACCGCUGUCUUGGUCGGAGAAUAUCGAAGACGUCGAGCCUCUGGAACCUAUUCAGAUGGAACUGGAUGAGAAUGAGGACGGCCCCGUGUACGAAUGGUUCUAUGAUCACCGGCCUCUUCUCGACACGCCACACGUCAAUGGUCCAAGUUACAAAACGUGGAACUUGACGCUGCCGCAAAUGGCUACCCUGUACCGACUUUCCCACCAGCUGUUGAGUGACGUGGUGGAUAAGAACUACUUCCACAUGUUCGAUCGUGAGAGUUUCUUCACCGCCAAAGCUCUCAACGUUGCCAUCCCAGGCGGACCCAGAUUCGAGCCUCUAUACAAAGAUAUCGACCCCAAUGACGAAGACUUCGGCGAGUUCAAUGCGAUCGAUCGAAUUAUCUUCCGAGCGCCGAUCCGGACGGAAUACAGAGUCGCCUUUCCUUAUUUGUACAACUCGUUGCCAAGAAGCGUCAAACUCUCGUGGUAUUCUCACCCUCAGGUUGUCUACGUAAGAUCGGAGGACCCCAACUUACCGGCCUUCUAUUUUGAUCCUGUCAUCAACCCCAUCUCUUCGAGGUCGGUGGCCCCAAAGAAUAUCACUAUAAGCCAUGAGGAUGAAAUCUUCGGCGAAGGCAAUAACGAAGAUGACGAAUUCGAGCUUCCAGGCAAUGUUGAACCGUUUCUCGCGGACGAGGAACUUUACACCAGCGAGACUGCUUCUGCCAUCGCAUUGUGGUGGGCGCCCUUCCCGUUUGAUCGGAGAUCCGGAAAAAUGGUUCGCGCCCAGGAUGUCCCUCUGGUCAAGCAGUGGUAUCUGGAACACUGCCCGCCCGGCCAGCCAGUUAAAGUCCGGGUUUCUUACCAGAAACUAUUGAAGACAUAUGUGCUGAACGAGCUGCAUAGGAAGAAGCCUAAGGCACAAAACAAACAAGAUCUUCUCAAGACGCUAAAAUCCACCAAGUUCUUCCAGCAAACGACCAUUGACUGGGUAGAGGCGGGUUUACAAGUUUGCCGACAGGGAUUCAAUAUGCUCAACCUUCUCAUCCAUCGGAAGAACUUGACAUAUCUGCAUCUGGACUACAACUUCAACCUUAAACCUGUCAAGACCCUGACGACGAAAGAACGCAAGAAAUCGAGAUUCGGCAAUGCUUUCCACCUGAUGCGAGAGAUUCUGAGACUCACCAAACUCAUUGUCGACGCUCAGGUACAAUACAGACUUGGCAAUAUCGAUGCAUUCCAAUUGGCUGAUGGCAUUCUCUAUGCUUUCAACCACGUCGGGCAGUUGACGGGAAUGUACCGAUACAAGUACAAGCUCAUGCAUCAGAUCAGAUCUUGUAAAGACCUGAAGCACUUGAUCUAUUAUCGCUUCAACUCUGGUCCAGUCGGAAAAGGUCCCGGCUGCGGUUUCUGGGCCCCCGCGUGGAGAGUGUGGCUCUUCUUUAUGAGAGGCAUUAUUCCUCUCCUUGAGAGAUGGCUCGGGAAUUUACUGUCCCGACAAUUUGAAGGCCGCCACAGCAAAGGCGUUGCAAAGACAGUCACAAAGCAACGCGUGGAAUCUCAUUUUGACCUUGAACUUCGUGCGUCGGUCAUGGCAGACUUGAUGGAUAUGAUGCCCGAAGGUAUUAGGCAGAACAAAGUCAACACCGUACUUCAGCAUCUUUCCGAAGCGUGGCGAUGCUGGAAAAGCAACAUUCCUUGGAAAGUCCCAGGCCUACCAGCACCCAUCGAGAACAUCAUCUUGCGAUAUGUCAAAAGCAAGGCUGACUGGUGGAUUUCUGUGGCUCACUACAAUCGAGAACGUAUCAGGAGAGGCGCAACCGUCGACAAGACCGUGGCUAAGAAGAACCUGGGUCGAUUGACGCGAUUGUGGCUAAAAGCCGAACAGGAGAGACAGCAUAAUUACAUGAAAGACGGCCCAUAUGUUUCCUCGGAGGAAGCUGUCGCUAUCUAUACGACGACCGUCCAUUGGCUUGAAUCGCGGAAGUUCUCACCUAUUCCCUUUCCCUCUGUGUCUUACAAGCAUGACACGAAGAUUCUCAUUCUGGCCCUGGAAAGACUGAGGGAGGCCUAUUCUGUAAAGGGCAGGUUGAAUCAGAGUCAGAGAGAAGAGCUUGCCCUGAUCGAACAGGCAUACGAUUCGCCGGGGACCACCCUCGCCAGAAUCAAACGUUUCCUGUUGACUCAGCGAGCAUUCAAGGAAGUCGGAAUCGACAUGAACGACAAUUACAGCUCAAUCAACCCCGUGUAUGAUGUUGAGCCAAUCGAGAAGAUCACAGACGCAUAUCUUGACCAAUAUCUCUGGUACCAGGCUGACACUCGACAUCUCUUCCCAUCGUGGGUCAAGCCUUCAGACUCAGAGGUCCCACCGCUUUUGGUCUACAAGUGGGCCCAGGGUAUUAACAACCUGACAAAUGUUUGGGAGACUGCAGAUGGAGAAUGUAACGUCAUGAUCGAGACGCAGCUUUCCAAAGUCUACGAGAAGAUUGAUUUGACUUUGCUCAACCGGCUGCUUCGACUCAUCAUGGAUCACAACCUGGCUGACUACAUCACCUCGAAAAACAAUGUCCAGCUAAAUUACAAAGAUAUGAACCACACGAAUAGCUACGGCAUGAUUAGAGGGCUCCAGUUCUCUGGAUUCGUCUUCCAGUACUACGGCCUGGUCAUCGACCUCCUUCUCCUCGGCCUUCAACGAGCGAGCGAGCUCGCCGGGCCGCCUCAGAGCCCUAACGACUUCUUGCAAUUCCGAGACAGAGAGACAGAGACCAGACAUCCUAUUCGAUUGUACACACGAUAUAUCGACAAAAUCUGGGUUUUCUUUAGGUUCACCGCAGAGGAGUCGAAGGAUUUGAUCCAGCGCUUCUUGACUGAACAGCCAGAUCCGAACUUUGAAAACGUGAUUGGGUAUAGGAACAAGAAGUGCUGGCCUCGAGAUUCUCGAAUGAGGCUGAUGAGACACGACGUCAAUCUUGGCCGGGCCGUAUUCUGGGAUUUGAAGAACAGAUUACCUCGUUCAAUUACCACGAUCGAGUGGGACGACACCUUCGCGAGUGUUUAUUCGCGUGACAAUCCCAAUUUGUUAUUCUCAAUGUGCGGCUUCGAAGUCAGGAUCUUACCAAAGAUCCGAAACCAGAACGACGAAUUCCCGAUCAAAGACAGCGUUUGGGCCCUGGCCAACAAUGAGACCAAGGAGAGGACCGCCUAUGCAUUCCUGCAGGUCACUGAAGAAGACAUUCAGAAGUUCAACAACCGUAUAAGGCAAAUCUUGAUGUCCUCAGGCUCUACGACGUUUACUAAGAUCGCAAACAAGUGGAACACGACCUUGAUUGCGCUGUUCACUUACUACCGGGAAGCGGCCGUGUCUACAGUCAACUUGCUGGACACCAUUGUCAAGUGCGAGACCAAGAUUCAAACCCGUGUAAAGAUUGGUUUGAACUCCAAGAUGCCUUCCCGUUUUCCUCCAGCUGUUUUCUACACGCCCAAGGAGUUGGGUGGCCUAGGCAUGAUUUCAGGGUCUCACAUUCUGAUCCCGACUAGUGACAAGCGCUGGUCGAAGCAAACCGAUACCGGUGUCACGCACUAUCGAGCAGGCAUGUCUCACGAUGAGGAAACGCUGAUCCCCAAUAUUUUCCGAUACAUCAUCCCUUGGGAAGCUGAAUUCAUCGAUUCCCAGCGAGUCUGGACCGAAUAUUCCCAGAAGAGAAUGGAAGCCAAUCAGCAGAAUCGGAGACUGACUCUCGAAGAUUUGGAGGACAGCUGGGAUAGAGGUCUGCCGCGUAUCAAUACACUGUUCCAGAAAGACCGGAGCACUCUGAGCUUCGACAAAGGCUUCAGAGCUCGCACGGAAUUCAAGCAAUAUCAAUUGAUGAAAAGCAACCCUUUCUGGUGGACGAGUCAGAGACACGAUGGCAAACUCUGGAAUCUGAACGCCUACCGAACCGACGUCAUCCAAGCCUUGGGCGGUGUCGAGACAAUUUUGGAGCAUACCUUGUUCAAAGCAACAGCUUUCCCGUCCUGGGAGGGCCUCUUCUGGGAGAGAGCAUGUCUCGCUAAUGGUACUAUGCUGCUGCGCUACGAUGGCUCUCAGGUUGCUGUGGAAGACGUCGUGGAAGGAGAUCUCCUUCUUGGGCCUGACGGUGGCCCUCGUCGCGCAUUUAACAUUGUCAAAGGAACAGAUCGUCUGUACCGGAUCAAGAUCGGAUCUGAUGUAGAGGAUCUCGUCGUGACACCGAACCAUAUCUUGGUCCUAUACCAUGAGAAGAACAGAGGAAGCCAACACAGCGACUCCCACCUGCCUCUUCAUCACCAACGGGUUGAGGGUGACUUUGAGGGCUUGCGCCAGUCCAGCUCUGAGCUCGCAGAUGCAGAUCGGCCUGAGAGUCUCGUCAAGAUCGCUCCACGCUAUGAAACUGUCGAAGUUACGGCUGCCGAAUUUGCGGCUUUGAAGCCGACACAGAGGGCUCAAUAUAGACUUUUCCGGUCACCUGGAUUUGCGCUGCCGAAGCACACCGUGGCGGUCGACCCAGAAGCCCACAGCUUUAUCGUUGAGGAUAUUUCCCUUGGGUCAGAGCCCACAAAAUGGGCUGGGUUCCGAGUUGACAAAGACCAACUUUAUCUUCGCCACGAUUACCUCGUGCUUCACAACAGCGGCUUUGAGGAGUCCAUGAAAUUCAAGAAACUCACGAACGCCCAGCGUUCGGGUUUGAACCAAAUCCCCAACCGUCGCUUCACCCUGUGGUGGUCGCCCACUAUAAACAGAGCAAAUGUCUACGUUGGUUUCCAGGUGCAGCUCGAUUUGACCGGCAUUUUCCUUCAUGGCAAAAUCCCUACCCUGAAGAUUAGUUUGAUCCAAAUCUUCCGAGCCCAUUUGUGGCAGAAAAUCCACGAAUCUGUUGUCAUGGAUUUGUGUCAAGUUUUCGAUCAGGAGCUGGAACAAUUGGGCAUUGAGACUGUGCAGAAAGAGACGAUUCACCCUCGAAAAUCGUACAAAAUGAACAGCUCUUGCGCCGAUAUCCUCCUGUUGGCGAGUCACAAGUGGAACGUGACUCGACCUUCGCUCCUCUUCGACACGAAAGAUCAGAUCGAAGCCACUACAACCAACAAAUUUUGGGUCGAUGUCCAAUUACGGUACGGUGAUUACGAUUCUCAUGACAUUGAACGCUACGUCCGGGCCAAAUACCUCGACUACACGACUGACAGCAUGAGCAUCUACCCUUCGGCGACUGGUCUGAUGGUUGGUAUUGACCUCGCGUACAAUCUCUAUUCUGCGUACGGACAAUACUUCCCUGGCCUGAAGGCAUUGGUCCAACAGGCGAUGGCCAAGAUAAUGAAGGCGAAUCCGGCGCUCUACGUGCUCCGCGAACGUAUCCGGAAAGGCCUCCAACUGUACGCGUCCGAAAGCACUCAAGAGUUCUUGAAUUCUCAGAACUAUUCGGAACUAUUCAGCAACCAGACCCAACUGUUCAUUGAUGACACGAAUGUUUACCGGGUAACGAUCCACAAGACAUUUGAGGGCAAUCUGACGACCAAGCCCAUUAACGGCGCCGUUUUUGUGUUCAACCCGAAGACCGGCCAGUUAUUCUUGAAGAUCAUCCACACCAGUGUGUGGGCUGGCCAAAAGCGUCUUGGACAGUUGGCCAAAUGGAAGACAGCCGAAGAAGUGGCCGCGUUGAUCCGAUCUCUGCCUGUCGAAGAACAGCCCAAACAGCUCAUUGUUACCCGGAAGGGCCUCCUUGAUCCGCUCGAAGUCCACCUUCUAGACUUCCCGAAUGUCUCGAUUCGAGCGUCGGAGCUGCAGCUGCCGUUCCAGGCUGCAAUGAAGGUGGAAAAGCUGGCCGACAUGAUCCUGCAAGCUAAGGAGCCACAGAUGGUUCUGUUCAAUCUGUAUGACGACUGGUUGAAGUCGAUAUCGUCGUACACGGCGUUCUCAAGACUGAUACUCAUUCUCCGUGCUUUGCAUGUGAACACGGACAAGACGAAGCUGCUUCUCCGCCCUGACAAAACCGUCAUUACUCAGGCACAUCACAUCUGGCCCACUCUUUCGGAUGAAGACUGGAUCAAGGUCGAAGUGCAGCUAAGAGAUCUUAUCCUGAACGAUUACGGCAAGAAGAACAAUGUCAACGUCCAGUCGCUCACCAGCAGUGAAGUACGAGACAUUAUUCUGGGGAUGGAAAUAUCGGCGCCCUCAAUGCAACGCCAGCAGGCGGCGGAGAUUGAGAAGCAGCAACAAGAGCAGCAACAAUUGACUGCGGUGACUACCAAGACCCAAAAUGUCCGGGGCGAGGAGAUCAUUGUGACGACGACAUCGCAAUACGAGCAACAGUCGUUCGCAUCCAAGACUGAAUGGCGGACACGAGCGAUUGCGACUUCGAACCUGAGGACGCGCGCGAACAACAUCUACAUCUCGAGCGACGACAUUCACGAAUCGGACGAGUCGUACACGUAUGUGCUCCCCAAGAACAUACUCAAGAAAUUCAUCGCGAUUGCGGAUUUGCGGGUCCAGGUGGCCGGAUAUCUGUACGGCUCGUCGCCACCAGACAAUGAUCAAGUCAAGGAAAUCCGCACCAUUGUGAUGGUUCCGCAGGUUGGGUCCACGCGGGAGGUGCAAUUGCCGCACCAGCUUCCGCAACACGAGUAUCUCAAGUCCAUGGAGCCGCUUGGGAUCAUCCACACCGUGAGUGGCAACGAGACACCGUACAUGACCGCAGCGGACGUGACGAUGCACUCACGCCUGAUGGCCCAACAUCCCAGUUGGGACAAGAAGACCAUUACAUUGACCGUGUCGUUCACCCCAGGGUCGGUGUCCCUCAGCUCCUGGACACUUACUCCACAGGGAUACACAUGGGGCGCCUCGAACAAGGACACGCAGUCGGACAAUCCCGCGGGCUUUUCGACCUCGUUUGGAGUCAAAACCCAACUACUCCUGUCUGACAAGAUCCGGGGCUAUUUCCUGGUGCCCGAGACUGAUGUGUGGAAUUACAGUUUCAUGGGGGCGCAGUUUUCGACGGUGGAGAAGAGGCCCGUGUACGUCAAGAUUGAUACGCCGCGACGGUUCUACGACGAUUUGCACCGGCCCGUGCAUUUCAGUAGUUUUAACGAGUUGGAAGACAUAUGGGCUGAUCGGGAGGAUGCGUUUGCUUGAGCGCUGGGCGUGGUCGUGGAUGUCCAUGUGCUUUUCAGGAGGUAUGCAUGGGCGGGUGAAAUUUAAACAACAAGGUAAAAAGGGCCAAACAGGAAGGUGGUUCCUUGAUAGUGGCAUUCUUGUAAGAUAUGGAGGUGCACGCACGCCGCAAAAAGGCAUGGAGAUGGCAAUGAGUGUCUCCUGACUGGCACGGGAAGUGUUGUCUACGCAACGCGAGCAAAGAGGAUACCCGAGGCUUGCCCCAAUGGUGUGCAGAGUUACUUGUCUAGGAGGUCAUCAGCCAGCCUCGGAUUGGAUGUCUUGAUGGCUGGAAUGGAAUGGAAUUGAUAUUGAAUGAUUGUGAUGCCCGCGUCUUCCAUCUACC